CAUUCGCAUAUAAUACCCGCCUCGUAUUUAACUUCGUUGACAAUUUAAAGUCGCACGCGCAACCGGCCGACCGUUGCCGCGAUACAAAGUGAAAAAUUAAAAAUAAUACGCAUUAUAAUUAAUUAACGUCAUAGCAAUAUUUUUUUAUUAUUACACGGUUAUAACAAAUGAACUUUAAAGUGGGAUAUCUCACUCAAAAUGACGUUACGGGUCGAAGUGCCCGGGGAUAAAAUCGUGAAUGUGGAAUCGUGCAAGUGCAAGAAAAACUAUUGCACAGACGUCGCCAAAAAUGAAUCGAAAUUCACUCGAAGAUUAAAGGAAAUAAUAAAAGACACUUGGGAUACCAGAACGAAAAUAACAGUAGAGCCUUAUGUAAUUUGUUAUGUUUUACCUAGCGUACUCGCAGGGUUGGCCGUGCAAAAUUUGUGUUUAGAAAAAUCAUGCCUCGUGAAUUUAAAAUACGACGAACGUACCUGCACGAGUAUAAUGCAGGGACGGACUCACAAUUAUACGGAGCAAGAAAAAAGUGUUCAGACCAUGGUGGCGGGAAUGACCGCCUGGAGCUUUCCCUUACAGACGGCACUUCCAGGAUUAAUGACACUGUUCGUAGGUGCAUGGAGCGAUCGCACGGGAAAUCGAAAAGCUUUUAUGGUAUUGCCUAUUGUAGGAAAACUGGUAUCUGUGUUCGGACUAAUGUUGAGUUUGGCGUUUUUCCUCCAAGUGGGUUUGAACGAGACCGCCCUGAUCGAGGGCCUGCCUCCAGCGCUGGCCGGUGGCCGGGUUGCCAUGACGAUGGCUGUGUAUAGCUACAUAACAGACGUGACUUCUGAUUCUGAACGGACUUAUCGUUUAGGAAUUAUAACAGCCAUUUUGACUCUCACGAGGCCAGUAGGCCUCGCUCUCAGUGGUAUUAUGACGAAACGUUUCGGCUACUAUGGUGUUUUUACAAUUGCGUGCUUUUUUUAUUUAAGUGGUUUCGUUUACAUCGUCUUGAGAUUGAAAGAGAAACCGAAAAAGUCAAUAGAUAAUGAUAAUUCAAAUACGAUAUUCUCUUUGUUCUCUAUAAAAGACUUGAGUGCGACCAUCAACGUAGCUUUUAGGCAACGCGAAGGAUCACGGAGGCUUCAAAUUAUACUCAUCAUGUUGGCUUAUAUGUUCAUCGUUGGACCAGUACUAGGUGAGGCGCAGAUGACGUAUUGGUUCACACGGUACAAGUUCAAAUUCACCGAAGUCGACUACAGCUUGUUCCUCACAUACUCCGUACUUGUCGGCAGCGUUGGUUCGUUCAUCACGCUGUAUCUGUUCAGCAAGAAGUGGGAGAUAGAGGACAGCGCUAUCGGAGUGUUCGCGUGUCUGAGCAGGGUAGCUGCGAGCGUGGUGUACGCGCUUGCGCCAACACGCACCAUAUACUUCCUCGGACCAGUGCUGGACAUGUUCAGCUCGGCAGGAGCAACCUCGCUAAGAUCUCUUGCCACAAAACUUGUGGAAGCGGAUGAAGUCGGUAAAACGAGCUCAUUAAUAAGCAUAUCGGAAGCUCUGGUACCCGUCAUCUACACGCCCGUGUACAGCAAGGUUUAUCUAAGCACGCUGUCGACGUUCUCCGGAGCCUUUUAUCUUAUUAGUGCAGCGCUGGCAGUACCCGCUAUAGGAAUAUUCUUAUCGUUGUUCAGUUUACGAAGAAAAGAAAUCAAAGAGAUGUCAGCUACAACAAACAAGACAAAGGAAAACGAAGUAACCCGAUUUUAAUUGAUAUUGUAGAAAUUAUUUGUUGUGUUAUUUGAAUUACAUUUAUACUGAGUUGUGGAAAGUAUGUCAUUUUCGUAAUAAGUUAACUAUGGAUAUGUUCAGGAGGCUAGACAUAGUGCAUUCGCUUCCAAGUGAUUCCAUAAAGAGAUUCAAAAAUAUAUGAAAUCGACGCGAUAAUCACCUGACUUAUAGAAAGUUAUUUUCAGUUCUAUCAAUUUUGAAGUUCGCUAUGGAGUCGCUUCGAAGCGAAUGCACUUUGUCUAACCCCGGUCAACUUACUACUAAAUGGUAGACCUACAAGUGGUUUGCUUGACUCUUGUAAUAAUAGGUAGAAGUUUUACGACAUGAAAGCUGUAUGCGAUUUACGGAGCAAAGGGACUUUAGCCCUUAUUUUGUGAUUUCUAGUGUUCAUAUGAAGUAAAUUUUAAGAAAAAAUGAUAAUUGUUCUAUAUAAAUUAUUCUUAUAGGCAUCAUUAACGCCUUGUUCGGGGUUAAGCUAAAUGUUAUGUUUGUUUUUAAUUUGUUUAUAAACUCUUUCAGUGGGUUUCUUAGACCAAAAUCCCCGUUU